CUGCUCGAGUUGAUGGUUUAUAGAGCGAGAGCGAGAGAGAGAAGUCGCUGUCACCUCUCACCAGGUAACAGCUUCCCAGGACUUGGCUGUUGUCGGCUGCGGACAACGAAGAUCAUCGCUCUCCAUCACUCACUUUUUGUUCCACACAAUUGCCUCAAGCGUACAAAUGGAACAUAAGAAAGGUUUCAGGCACAACGUUUUACCACAUUAUCUAAGCGUGCUAACAUCAGUCGUGUCUCUCGCCGAUAUUGCCAUUUGCGCUUGUGGGCAAGAGCUCAGUGAGACAGAGGAGGCGAGAUGGAGAGAUGAGGUGAAUUUAGCCUACAUGGAAAUUCAGGAGGCAGUGAACGAUGGAAGGAAGAUCCAAGAUGAUGUGGACAGUGAGACUGAGGAUACUCCUUUGAAGAAAUUUCAGGAUGAGGUAGAGAGCGUGAGAAGGAACCUGCAGGAUGUGGAAAUGGAUUUAAUAUUACAGGAACUUAAAAAAGAGAAGCUGAGAGAUCAGCUUCAGAAUUGUCAGGCUAAACUAUUGCACUCAACAGAGACUCUGAACAGAACUAACGCUCUGAAAGCUGAGAAAGAAACGUUUCGUAACAUGGGCUUUGGGCUGAUUCUCAUCCCCUUCAUUGGGAUCCCAAUGGUUCUCAGCAGCUCCAGAGAAGUCAAACGCUGUGAGGAUUUGAUUCAAAAGGAGAGCAAAGCCAAGCAAGAGUUGGAGAAGGAAUGGGACCAAGAGGAACUGAAUCUGAAAGCGUGCUACGAAAAGAUUAAAGAACUGAAACAAAAGAGGGUGGAAUGUGAGAGCUUGCGAGAGAAGGAAAAGAAGCUGUUGACUUUGGAGGGAGAGGUAGCUGUGUUAUGUGACACACAGAGAGAAGUGGGUGACCAUCUGAAUUACCUCACCGAGCUCAAGGGUCCGCUGGAGCUGUUACACCGUCAGUGCACCGAGGACACCUUCUACGGGAUAAAAGGGGUCAAAGGCUUUCUGCAGAAUAUCUUCACCUGCAUCCAACAGCAGGGCUUCGAUACCGAGUGGCUGAGUGAUUGCCGACUUCACACGAAACUCCUGGAGCUAGAGGAGAAAAUCCCAAAGUUUAACAGCAUUUAUAACAUAUAGAGGAAGAGAGACUGGGGACUGGAGACAGCAAAGGCAUCAGGGAAAGGGCUACACCCCAUCUCCUGGGUAUUGCCUGUCUCCCCCCACAACCUCCCCCCCGCCUCGCAUGUAUUUACACCCCCUCCCCCCACCCCCACGACCCCACCGCCAGGCAAUUGCUAAAUCCCGGAUGCCCCUGUAAUGCGGAGGUCGGAGAAGUUUCAGUGUCCACGGUUCAGGUUCUGUGGCUGUGACAAACCUGUUCCAGUCAGUGAGGCCCCUCAUUUCCAGGUGUUACUGGGACAUUAGCUGAAGUGCGCGAGAAUAAACAGUGAAAAUAGAUAAAUAAAAGAAAUAAAAUUA